GGAUGCCUGGCCAUGGUAGCAGGGAGAGGUUGGUUCUGAUGGACCAGCUUGGCUGAGCUGCUGUGAAGGCAGAGCCUGUCAGGGUGUUUUGAGGCGGUUAAUGCAGUCAGAAUUUAGCUUGAUUUUUUUGUUUGAAGUUAACUCCUUGACAACAAAAUUAAAGGGUGCGUUUUAGAUGAUAUAAUCUCCUUCCCUCAGCUGGAAAUGGAGUAGGAGCUUUGAUACUUUCUGAUGGUUGCUGUUGCCUGGUAAAAGCUGUCAGUUGACCAGCCGUGGGUCGGCUCUGGCGUGUUGGUGCCGGUGCUGGAGCGGGCUGUCGGACCACGGCAGCGCCCUGGUCCCCGUCAUGCCGAGCCCUUGUCGUGCCCUCCCUCCUCCUGGGGCCAGCAGCCCCAAGGGACCCUCACCCCGCGGGCACUGCCGGGGCUCAGCCGGGACAUACGGCUCCAGGGGCGCAGCCCAGGAAGCAGCAAGGGCAGGUUGUCUCCACGGGAAUAUGUUCUUUCUACAUGCUUUUAUUUCUUCAUCUCUUUGCAGUGAUAAACACCCCUUUCCCCCGCUGAGAUCCGCUUCAGUUGAUUUCCCACUGUUUCUUCUUCCUGCAGCCAUUAUGACGGGUUAAUACAUGGGCUACUUUGUCAUAAAAAGUUACAUGUCUUCUAAUCAUUCAGUUCUUUUAUCUGUCAGCGUUUAUAUUCAUAGUCUCGAGGUGGGCUGCAACGCUAUAGAUCAGCAAACCAUCUGUCUGGCGACAGAGAUUUAUGUUGCUGUUUGUUUCUUUGGUACGGAGGCAAAUGUCUGGGAGAGGAAUCGUGCUCCCUGAAAUCUCCCUCUCCUCCAUGCGCUUAAUCCUCAGGAACUCUGAUGAAUGGGGUGCCCAGCGCCCACGACGGAGCUGACGGCCAGUUCCUAGCAUUUCCUGGGCAUUUUUAAUAAGGAGAAGGAGCAAUUAGCUUGUGUGCGCAGUUGAUUUAUGCCCUGACACAGAUAAAUCGUUUGCCAAGUCUGGCUUUGGAAACAAUUAAUUUUAACGCGUGUUAAAGCUGUGCUUACGAAGCUCUGCGUUUAUGGCCGCUUGCUCCUGCGACAUCGCGCAGGCUGAGACAGCGCUCGUAAAUUCUCCUGCUCUCUCCCCAGCGCUGCCGUCCCCGCGGCAGGGUCCGUGGUUGCCCACCCCUCUCCCUGCCGCCUUCUCCUGCCAGCGAUGCGGCUGGUGAACACGCGCCGGGUUCGGUGCAAAGCCACCCCUGGUCCCCUGCCCUGCCCUUGGGCUGCUGCUCCCCGCGAGCGCGGGGGCCCCGGGGAGAUGCAGGGUCAGCUCCUCUCCCUGCCAGCUGGGCACGUUUGGGGUGAGGCACGAUCUUGGUGAAACCCCGCAGCUGCCGCCACGGGUGCGUUUGCGUUUCAGCAUUUUCUUCGCUUGAUGCCAUUCGACGUCCCGGUGAGGAGCGACGUGCUCGUGUCGCUGCCGAUGGGUUUGCUGAGCGCUGCCAGCCGGACCUGGGCACCCUUCCCCUGGGUUUUGCAACCAGCACAGUGCCAAAUGUCUUAACAGGGUUGGUGACUGCCCCACUGAGCCUGUUGGUUAUUGUCACCUCUGUCACGGAGCUGCUCGGUGCAUAACGUCCCGCCAAGGGACCUGGGCAGGACAGAGGGUUUGCAGGGUGGGCGAUAGGAGCUCAGCGUUUGCUUCCUAGUUAAGGCUCCCGAUUACUUUAAUAGCUAAGGCUCACAAUUUCUUUCCUCUCCGGCUACACGGAUGGGGAGAAGAUGACCCCGCAGCAUGGAGCCCCUCGGCUCUGCCCGCAGCAGCUCCGUAGCCGGAGGGGCUCGGACGCGUGUGUCUCACCCACCCCCUGGUCCAGGCUGUGCUGCUCCGCGGCGUUAGGGAGAUGCUGAAGGAUGGGCUCUCGGGGCGGAUCAGCCACCCCAAGCACAUCACCUGGUCGCUGCCAGCCACCAGCCCAGGCAGCUGCCGGUGGGUUCCCACUGUGUCACUCCAAGGGAGGUUCAACCAGAGAGCAGAUAGAGGCAGAAGCACGCAAAGUUUGACAGUCCCUAUAAAAUUUUUAUCCCAGCUCUCGUGCCUGAGCAGAGGGCUUUGUUUCUGUGCAUUUGCUUUUUGCACGUAAGAGCCUUGCGAAUUAAAAAUCUGACUUUUCAACCUCAUAAGAGAGUCCACAAGAAGCCCCGAGGAGCUCUCAAGGGUGUGUGACGCUUUUUACAUGUUGGGCAGUUUCCCCACAAGCGGUCAGGCCGGCUGGGAAAUGCCAGCGGGUGCCGGUGGGUACCAGGAUGGGGGACUCCCGAGCAAUGAGGGUCUCAUAAAACCCCUUCCCAGCUUGCUGCCUGAUCAGCUCAGCACUAACGCUCGGUAAAUAUUUGUUUAUCCCUCUGUUGUCAGAGCGAGUAGCAGCUGCUUUCCAAUAAAUCACGAUUCGGUGGCGUGCGGCAGGCGGCACGCUGGGCUGGAGCCGGCACCGCGUGCGCAGGGGGGUCGCACGGGUGGAAUAGAAUGGGGUGGUGUGUUGAAUGACUGACGCUGUGGAUUUUGCUCACCUUGGUCUGUGCCUUGGCUUGGUAAUGUGCCUGAUUAACGAGAUCUUGAUGACCUCUUCCAAGCAGUUAAAAAGACAGUGAUAAUAGUAGCACUUACUUAAGAGACUUGUUGAAUACAGUGAAAUAGGAGAAACGGCUAAUUCAUUGCACUUAACUCCAUUAGCAGCUGUAGCAGUAAUGAGCAAACUUCGUCUUGCUCAGAGUCUAAAGCCGAGGCAUCAGAAACCAAUCCCUUUGAGCCUGCUCUUAGCAGGCGUGUGAUUUAUAACCCUGCCUGGUGUGAAUAAGUAAGUUUGCAAAGGGCUGCGGGUGUUCGUAAGUAGGAGGAGAGGUGGGUGGCAGAUGCGCUGAGCAGGGAUCAGUCUUCCCUGCACACCCUUAGUCUGGGUGUGCUUGAUCCCAGACCCCACUGACCCCCGUGGGGAGGAGCCUCCAGCCUUGACGAGGCUUUUCCCAGUCCACGCGGUCAUGGGCAUCCACCCGGCACGUGGGGACCGGCAGGAGGGCUGUGGGUGGGAGUCGGUGAUGGAGACCAGAGCGACUGAAGAUGAAGAGCCCGUGGUGGUCACGGCAGUGAACGGGGCAAUUUCGGUUUCAUCUGCGGCUCCUCCCGGCCGGUUUCUGGGAAGUGCCCCGGCGGGUGGCUCUCUGCCACAGCGCCUUGUCCCCGUGCCACAAGUCACCAGCGGCUCCGAAUGCCAAGUGACGUUUGGAGUCGGUUGGCAGCUCCUGGGUUUUUCUGGAAUGGCCAAGUGUGGUAUCUUAGCAACAAAGGGAAUUUUUCUCAUUUUAGAUCAGAUUUGUUUCUUAACAGCUUCAAUGCUGAAUGUUGCUCCUACCCGGGCAGAACCAGGGCAUGGGCGUACCGGGGCUGUCACCCUCGCUGGCUCCUCUCUGCUGCAGCCACGAGGGGUUGGAGCAGAUAAAACAUUGCUGGGGGACACUGCUCCAAGGCCACAACUUCUCAGAGAGGCUUUGGAUGUUGCAAAGUGUGUGGGAAAGGAGAAGUUUGCAAGUCAGAUGUCAACCGGUUGCACGGUGCAGGUCGAGUUCUACGUGAAUGAAAACACCUUCAAGGAGCGUCUGAAGCUCUUCUUCAUCAAAAACCAGCGAUCGAGCCUGAGGAUCCGGCUCUUCAACUUCUCGCUGAAGCUGCUCACCUGCCUCCUGUACAUCGUCCGCGUCCUGCUGGACAACCCGGAGGAGGGCAUAGGCUGCUGGGAAUGCGAAAAGCAGAAUUACACCACGUUCAACCAGUCCACGAAGAUAAACUGGUCACACAUCUUCUGGGUGGAUAGAAAAAUGCCGCUGUGGGCUGUGCAGGUCAGCAUAGCUUUAAUCAGCUUUCUGGAGACCAUGCUGCUCAUCUAUCUCAGCUACAAGGGGAACAUCUGGGAACAGAUCUUUCGCAUUUCAUUCAUCCUUGAGAUGAUCAACACGGUGCCAUUUAUUAUCACGAUAUUUUGGCCUCCUUUGCGGAAUUUGUUCAUCCCCGUGUUUCUGAACUGCUGGCUUGCCAAGUACGCCCUGGAGAACAUGAUUAACGACCUGCACCGAGCCAUACAAAGGACACAGUCUGCGAUGUUUAACCAGGUGCUCAUUCUGAUCUGCACCCUCCUGUGUCUCGUUUUCACGGGGACCUGUGGCAUCCAGCACUUAGAAAGAGCAGGUGAGAAGCUCUCCCUCUUCAAGUCCUUCUAUUUCUGCAUCGUCACUUUUUCCACCGUGGGCUACGGAGACGUGACACCAAAGAUCUGGCCUUCCCAGCUCCUCGUCGUGAUAAUGAUUUGCGUCGCCCUGGUUGUGCUGCCGCUGCAGUUUGAGGAGCUCGUCUACCUGUGGAUGGAGCGGCAGAAGUCGGGGGGCAAUUACAGCCGUCACCGUGCCCAGACAGAGAAACACGUUGUCCUUUGUGUCAGCUCCCUCAAGAUUGAUCUCCUCAUGGACUUCCUCAAUGAGUUUUACGCCCACCCGCGCCUGCAGGAUUACUACGUGGUGAUACUUUGCCCGACAGAGAUGGACAUCCAGGUGCGGCGGGUCCUGCAGAUCCCUCUGUGGUCGCAGCGAGUGAUCUACCUCCAGGGCUCUGCGCUGAAGGACCAGGACCUCAUGAGAGCCAAGAUGGACAACGGAGAAGCCUGCUUCAUUCUCAGCAGCCGGAAUGAGGUGGACCGCACCGCGGCGGACCACCAGACCAUCCUGAGAGCCUGGGCUGUGAAAGAUUUUGCUCCAAACUGUCCUCUCUACGUUCAGAUCCUAAAGCCUGAAAACAAGUUUCACGUGAAGUUCGCCGAUCACGUCGUCUGCGAAGAGGAGUGCAAAUACGCCAUGCUGGCGUUGAACUGCGUCUGCCCCGCCACCUCCACCCUCAUCACGCUGCUGGUGCACACCUCCCGCGGCCAGGAGGGCCAGGAGUCGCCGGAGCAGUGGCAGCGGAUGUACGGGCGCUGCUCGGGCAAUGAGGUCUACCACAUCCGGAUGGGCGACAGCAAGUUCUUCAUGGAGUACGAGGGGAAGAGCUUCACCUACGCCGCCUUCCACGCGCACAAGAAGUACGGCGUCUGCCUGAUCGGCAUCCGGAGGGAGGAGAACAAGAGCAUCCUGCUGAACCCUGGCCCGCGGCACAUCAUGGCAGCGUCCGACACCUGCUUCUACAUCAACAUCACCAAGGAGGAGAACUCCGCCUUCAUCUUCAAGCAGGAGGAGAAGCAGAAGAAGAAGGGCUUUGCGGGGAGGGGCACCUACGACGGCCCGUCCCGCCUGCCCGUGCACAGCAUCAUCGCCAGCAUGGGUACAGUAGCCAUGGACCUGCAAAACACGGAGUGCCGCCCCGCUAACAGCAGCAAGCUGACGUUGCCGGCGGAGAACGGCUCGGGCAACCGCCGGCCCAGCAUCGCGCCCGUCCUCGAGCUGGCCGACACCUCAUCCCUGCUGCCCUGCGACCUGCUCAGCGACCAGUCGGAAGACGAAAUGACGCAGUCGGACGAGGAGGGCUCGGCCGUUGUGGAGUACGUGAAGGGCUACCCACCGAACUCCCCCUACAUUGGGAGCUCCCCGACUCUGUGCCACCUUUUACCGGAGAAAGCCCCUUUCUGCUGCCUGAGGCUGGACAAGGGCUGCAAGCACAACAGCUUUGAAGACGCCAAAGCCUACGGGUUUAAGAACAAACUGAUUAUCGUUUCGGCGGAGACGGCUGGGAACGGACUGUAUAACUUCAUCGUCCCCCUUCGUGCGUACUAUCGGUCCCGCAAAGAGUUGAAUCCAAUUGUGUUGCUGCUGGACAACAAGCCCGAGCACCACUUUCUGGAAGCCAUCUGUUGUUUCCCCAUGGUUUACUACAUGGAGGGCACGAUCGACAACCUGGACAGCUUGCUGCAGUGCGGCAUCAUCUACGCUGACAACCUGGUGGUUGUGGACAAGGAGAGCACGAUGAGCGCUGAGGAGGACUACAUGGCGGAUGCAAAGACGAUUGUCAAUGUCCAGACCAUGUUCAGGCUCUUCCCCAGCCUCAGCAUUAUCACGGAGCUGACCCACCCCUCCAACAUGAGGUUCAUGCAGUUCAGAGCAAAGGACAGUUACUCUCUUGCCCUUUCCAAGCUAGAAAAGAAAGAGCGAGAGAAUGGCUCCAACCUGGCCUUCAUGUUCCGGCUGCCCUUCGCGGCCGGGAGGGUCUUCAGCAUCAGCAUGCUGGACACGCUGCUCUACCAGUCGUUCGUGAAGGACUACAUGAUCACCAUCACGCGGUUGCUGCUGGGCCUCGACACCACGCCGGGCUCCGGCUACCUCUGUGCGAUGAAGAUCACUGAAGAUGACCUGUGGAUCCGGACGUACGGCCGCCUCUUCCAGAAGCUCUGCUCCUCCAGUGCGGAGAUUCCCAUUGGGAUUUACAGGACAGAGUCGCACAUGUUCGCAACCUCUGAGCCCCACGACAUCCGAGCGCAGUCACAGAUCUCAAUCAAUGUUGAGGACUGCGAGGACACGAAGGAUGUCAAGGAGCACUGGGGCAUCAAGACCAGCCACCACAGGAACUCGUGCUCCAGCGACCAGUCCGAGCACCCGCUGCUGCGGCGCAAGAGCAUGCAGUGGGCUCGCCGCCUGAGCAGGAAGGGCAACAAGCACUCCAGCAAGACGGCCGAGUGGAUCAGCCAGCAGCGCCUCAGCCUCUACCGGCGCUCCGAGAGGCAGGAGCUUUCCGAGCUGGUCAAAAACCGUAUGAAGCACCUGGGCUUGCCCACGACCGGGUACGAGGAUGUAGCAAAUUUAACAGCCAGUGAUGUGAUGAAUCGGGUAAACCUGGGAUAUUUGCAAGACGAGAUGAAUGACCACCAGAACACGUUGUCCUACGUCCUGAUCAAUCCCCCCCCGGACACGCGGCUGGAGCUCAACGACAUCGUGUACCUGAUCCGCUCCGACCCGCUGGCCCACGUGGCCAAUGAUGGCCACAGUCGCAAGAGCAGCUGCAGCAACAAGCUGGGCCCCUGCAACCCUGAAACACGCGACGAGACCCAGCUGUGAGCAGCGUCCCCCCCCAACCCCAUGCCCCGUGUCCCUGCCGGGGCUGGCGGGCUCCGGGGGGAGGCGGUGAAGAAGAGGAUGGCCAGGCAGAGGGGAAGGCUGCUGCCGCCUGCGGGUGCCUGUUGUGCUGGGGGAAGGCGAUGCCCAGCCUGGCUUUGGGCCACCAAAGGGGUGCCCGGACCCCCAGCGGGACGGGACAGCCGGACAGACCGACGGUCGUACGCCCCGUGGCUUUUAACCUUUUAUACGAAUACCGCAACUAGUGAGAAAUUCUUCGCUGGUGCUGGUGGGACGUGGCUGAGAGCAGCCGCCAAAUGACCCUGUGCGAGCAGGAGGACGGUGGUUAAUAUUGCCCCCCCCAUGAUGCACGUUGGUUGCAUUUGAUGGGGCUUGUCCAUGCAAGAGCAAAACUGCACCGACACCCUCCUCCUUCACUGGGUGUCCCCGGGGGUACCCAAACUUCUGCUCUUUCACCCAACCCGUGUUCUUCAUCCUCCAUUGGUUUUCCAUUAUGGGUGUUGAUGUGAGAGCGCGUGGAGCUGCACGGGAUGGAUGGGACAGGGUGGCACAGCCCCCCCCCCCGGGUGCCAUGGCAGGGGCUGUGCUGCCUCCAGCACAUCUUGGCAUCUCACAACCCAAAACCCACCAACCCCAGGUGAUGGAAAGCCGUGCCAUCCCUCCUCACACGUGCCCGGCUCUGUCUGGGGCACGGUGCCCCUGGGUUUGCGGCCCCCGCCGGGCUCGUCCCCCAUCACUGCUGCUGCGGGAGCUGCCGGGGGGCGACGAGGGAUGAUGUGGCGGUCCCUGUACCGGGGGUGGGACGGGACAGGCUGGCAGGGUCCUGCCGCCGGCAGCUCCAUCUGUCUACGCCGGCCACACACUCCCCUCUGCAUGGGCCACCCCGCAGGGAGCGUUCCACAGCCGGAGCACGAGAUGUAUUUUCCACCUAUUUUUGCACACUUUGCAACCUUGAUGUGUAAAGGUUUUAUUUGACUGCCAAGUGAAUAACCGAGUUGUUAACUUUAUAUACUUCUACGUUCAUAUAUUAAAACUCUAAUGUGAUUUUUUUUUUUUAAAUGAGAAGCCUGUAAAGCACAAAGUUGCCAUGAAACCCCGUCUGCCAUCCCAGACCUGCUGCUGCUGAACAGUUUCUUGCCAUUAAAAUUCACCAUCCCCAAUAAAAGUUGUUUACAAGAAAAAAAAAAAGAACCAAACCUGUUUAAAAUUGCGGUUUUAAACAGUUGGUGAGAUGCCCCCGUGGGGACCUGCUGCCCGUGCUGUGGGAAAAGCAGCGAUGGGGGGAACCGUGGGUGUGGGAUGCCCGAGGAUGCCGGGGUAGGACCCGCACCGAGCCCCGCAUCACCUGGAGAUGGGGUUGAGAAAGCCCUUCUGUGCCUGGAUGGGGUUUGGGGGUGAAUAUGUUGUUUGGGUUUUUUUUAAAUUGUUAUUUUUUUUGCCUGAUGUGCUGGCCCCAGGGCCCUGGGUGACCUGCCCAGGCACCGCCAGCCGAGGGGACAUCACGGGCUCGGGGAGGUGCCGCAAGGAAAAAGCUGUAAGCUUGACCCUUCCCAGCACGAACAGCAAUGUCUCUGAGGCUUUUUUGGGGUUGUUUUGGAUUAUUUUUUUUUUUACUUAUUAAUUUUUUAUCUCUCUGGUUAAGGCAGAUAGAUAGAUGUUUUAUUUAUUUCCAAUUGUAACUUAGCUUGCCAAAAAUAUCAUUGAAAUGAAUAAAAGCAGGAAGGUCUUGCAGGCUAACAAGCGAGCGCGGCUGAAGUACAAGAGCACACGAUGGGUCCGUGCCACCUUUUAGAGCCUCAAGAUGCUGAGAUACCUCCAGAAAUGCCAAGGGUUAAUAGAUUUAAUUGCCUAGGUUUCAGACAGAUGAUGUUCUAAUCCCCACUUAGCUGUCAAGGGAGAGCGGAACAAAGCAGUGGUACAAGUUAAAAAAAAAAAAAAAAAAAAAAAAAAAAUUAAACCAAACCCCAAGCAGUGUGCGCGAUGGGAUUAUCUGCACGUGUUUCGCUGCGCAGUACAUAACAGGUUUUAAUAUAUAUUUUUUUUGCAUUUGCCUGGCUGCGGGGGCUGCGGGCGCCGAGCAGCUCCGUGGUUCUCGGCCCCUUCUUUCCAUGUGCCAAAUGCCCCGGGGCAGCCCCGGCGCCCUGUGCCACCGUCCCCGACAGCGGCUGCCACCGCCGGAGCUUUGGGCGCUGCCUGGGCACUCGGAAUUCUUAAUUCCAGGCGAUAAUUAACGUAAGAGGAAACCCGCCUACCAAAAGGAGUACAGACUAGCCGUGGUUUGCGAUACUAUGAAAAUAACGAGCCUCGCAAUUACUGUAUUUUGACAACGCUUCUGUUUGUUUAAUGUAUAAAUAUAUGUAUUUAAAAGGAGAGCUGUGUGUAUAAACCAUCCGCGUUUUUGCAUACAUCCUUUCUAUGGUGUAAAUUUAUAGCAGACAUUCUAAUGGGAUGUUGAAAUAAAUACUGUAGAUACUUACCUGUGGUCAACGCAAGUCUAAGAACAAACCGUUAAUUAUUUUUUUUUUUUUUCUAAUGCUUUAGACUCAGUUACGAUACUAAUGUAAAAACAAAAGCCUUUUAUUUUUGUAACGGCCCUGGGAAGGUUGAUGCGCCGAGGAGGGGUGUCUCUGCUGGGGAGGACCCCCCCCGGGAGCCGGCCUGGCACAAACCCCUCUCCGGCACGUUUCAGGGGAGGGAAACAACCGCUGACAAGAAACUUCUUAGAAAAAUACGAUUUUUUUUUUUUUUUUUGGAAGGAAAAAAAAGUCGUGUUCCAAGGCAGAGACAUGACAGGCCCUGGGGGAAGCGCGGAAACGAGGAUGGCUGCGAUAUUUUCAGGUUUACCAGCAAACGGCCCCAUCGCAUGUGAGGUGCCCACGACCGGUUUCGUACACUAAAUACGGACUAAACCCCUAUAGCGUGCAUUAAAGUAAAAAAAUCAAAUAUUCAAACAAAUGUUAAGAGUAUAUUUAUUACCCUUUUUUUACUUCAACCUAUAGAGAACAUGACAGUUUUAUUUCCCUGGAGAGGGAGGGAGACCUGCCAUCUCUCGCGCCCGGCUCGCGCAGGGGUUUGGAUCAGCGAGAGCGGAGGAUCCCCCCCUUUCUCCCCGGAGCCGAGUGCGCCGGGCGCUGGGGACAGCCCACCCGAGGCGGUUUUCUACAACUCUUGUGAAAAUGAAAAUAAAAGAGCUGCAUGCAGCAAGAGUAGAGACUGCUGUCUGGGGUUUUGUGUUGUGUUGUUUUUUUUUUUCUGGGAACAAAACUUUUAUUUUAAAACCCACGGCAAAACGUGGCUUUAGAGCAACUUCUGAGCCCGCAUUUCCAUCUUCCAGCAUCUUCCAAAGCUGGGGCACAUGAAAACUACUUUUUUUUUUUAACCUCAGUUGUCAAAAAACGGGACACGUUAGAUUUGCUGUUGUGCUACAAUAACAGCGUAACUCCAACAUUGUGUUUAACGGCCAUUCGUUUGAUUUAUUUAAUCCUUAUUUUCUAUGAUUCAACAAAUGUAUUAAAUUUCGCGGCUAUUUAAUUGGAAUUUUUUUUUUUUUUUAAACUGA